AUGCUCGCCCAAGCCGUCCUUCUCAUCGCCUUCGUGUGCAAUGUCUCAGGCACGCCCUACGUCGUCACCGACCCCAAGGACCUCCACAGCACCUGGUCCAGCGACGACUUCAGCGCUACACCUGCUCCCGACGGCCAUUCGAUCAAAUGGGCGUUCACCGUAAAGGGACAUAACGGUGUCCCGGACCCUGGAAACUUUGCAGCUUCGUGCCAUGGCUUGCAGGUGAUUCCGGAUGACCUUGAUCUGAAGGGGAAGCCCAAGUUUGAGCGCUGCAACGACACGGCUUAUGAAGCUCGUCAGUACUUUUCUGGGGAGCUGACGACUGUUGAGGUCCGUCGCACUGAUUAUCCUGAUCUUGGGAAGGAAGUGCAGAUCUCUGCUACGGCGAAUUACAGCUCGACCAACGACAACAUUGUUGGGGAGCACUUGAAGUUUGGCAACUUUCAGACAAAGUUCAUUUCUACACCUGUUUAA